GGAACAAUCAAACAAACAGAUGAUACAUCUGCUACCGAGGCUCAUGGCUCCCCGAUCAGUGAUCUUUGUUCUUCCAGCGGAUAAACAUUGCUGAUAAUGUAUAUGGUUGAGUAAACAGUAAAUGAAGAAACUGCCACUGUCUCAACUUCGAUGAAAAAGCAUGUGAAGACGAUUGACAAGUUUCUGUGAUAAAAGACCACGAAUAAUUAUUCGGUUCGUGAACAUGUCCAAGAUUCUAGUGAUAAUUUGUUUUCUUACUGGUGCUCUAGUGUCUAGUUCUGUUAUUGAUAAAACUAGGGAGAAUUAUAGGACUAAAUACACCUCUUUACCGUACUUCAAGUACACCGUUGACGAACUAUUGACGUCAAACUUUCCAACUAAAACCUCGGAGGAUGUUUACUUGGACCCAUGCAAAGCGGAUCAGUUUUUAGGAGACAUCGCACUACCACUAAACGACCAGUCGCCAAAGCGAAAAUAUGAAGAUAUCCAGCAAGAAAUCGAAAAAUACAAACAAGACAUCCUGGAUGGCCUUCAAAUCGAGGAAGAGGGACUUCCUGAUUUUCUACGCAAGAAGACUAAACUAUCAUCAUCGCUACCCUCUGAGAAUUACAACGAUCCCUUUGAUAAUUUAUCAAUAGAUACGGGUCAUAAAAACGGACAAGUUUUGAAAAGUUACUCAGAUCUCAAUAAUCAGGCGAAAUCAGAGGAAAAUCCUUUCGCUAAAGACAAUAAAAUGAAUCGUACAGAAAAUCCUUCGAAGGGUAAAUCAGAGGCAACAACAGAGAAAGUAACAAAAGCAGUAAUUGACAAAACUACCCUUGAUAAACAGAAGAGAAAUGAAAGUUCGUGGAGACAAACCGGUGAUCAAGUUUCCGAAGUGACUCUGGAUUCCAGGUCAGUGGGCGACGAGAAAACUCAAGUUUUGCAGGAUACAACCCGAAACCUUAUCAGAUCAACCAGAGCUGCCACUGCGAGAAAAGAAAGAGUGUGGGACUAUGGGGUUAUUCCCUAUGAAAUUGAUGGAAAUUUUAGUGGUAUGCAUAAGGCCCUCUUCAAGCAAGCCAUGAAACAUUGGGAAAAUUCUACUUGCAUCAAGUUUGUAGAGAGAAAUCGAGACGAGCACCAGAAUUAUAUUCUCUUUACCGAACGACCUUGCGGGUGCUGUUCAUUUGUUGGAAAGAGAGGCAAUGGUGGCCAAGCCAUCAGUAUAGGCAAGAACUGUGAUAAAUUUGGAAUAAUAGUUCACGAGCUUGGCCACGUUGUCGGGUUCUGGCACGAACAUACUAGGCCAGACAGAGACAAGCACGUUAAUAUCAUCAGAGGUAACAUCAUGAGUGGUCAAGAGUAUAAUUUCAAUAAACUCAGCGAUGAGGAAGUAAACUCCUUAGGUCUAACAUACGAUUAUGAUUCUAUUAUGCAUUAUGCCAGAAAUACGUUUUCAAAAGGAACAUAUUUGGAUACCAUACAGCCCAUCGAUAUGGUUGGUAGUAAGAGACCUGAAAUAGGACAGAGAGUGAGGUUGAGCGAGGGUGACAUAGCCCAGACUAACCUGCUUUACAAAUGCCCUAAAUGUGGCCGUACAUAUCAAACCAACUCUGCUACGUUCUCUCCUCCUAUGCUGACAGGUGACAUACCGGAAGAAGGUGUUAGAUGCGAGUGGAGGAUAACAGCUACUCACGGAGAGAGAAUUGUACUGAAUAUAUCCAACCUGGACAUUGAGAAGUCUCCCGAUUGCAAAAUAGACUACAUAGAAAUUCGCGACGGUUAUUGGCACAAGUCUCCAAGGCUCGGUUUGUUUUGCGGAACCGGCCAGUUCCAUCACAUAACCUCAUCCGGGAGUAGAAUGCUUGUGACUUACGUGGCAAAAAAUCCAAAGGGACGUAGAGGAUUCACGGCCAGUUAUGAAGCCAUUUGUGGUGGAGACCUCUUCAUAGAUACCGAGGGCCAUCUGGAAUCUCCAAAUUACCCGGAGGAAUACCAACCUAAUAAAGAAUGUAUCUGGAGAUUGACGGUCCCGAAAAACCAUCAAGUUGCCUUACGAUUUCAAUCUUUCGACGUAGAAAAUCACGACAGCUGCGUCUACGACUACGUAGAAAUCCGUGACGGGUUGACCCUCGACAGUCCCAUCAUCAAAGUUCAUUGUGGUCACAAAGUUCCUCCAGACGUCAUUUCCACUUCGAACAACAUGCUAGUCAAGUUUGUUUCCGAUGGUUCGGUGCAGAAGGGGGGAUUUUCUGCAAUCAUAAUGAAGGAGUACGAUGAAUGCUCGAUGAUCGACCACGGGUGCAAACAACAAUGCAUGAACACACUGGGAAGUUAUGUGUGCACCUGUAAGAUCGGGUACGAACUACACUCCGAUGGUAAAAAUUGUGAAGAUGCUUGUGGAGGAGCCUUUGAUGUUGCCAAUGGCACAAUCACAUCUCCUUCUUUUCCGGAUUACUACCCGCUGAACAAAAACUGCGUUUGGGAAAUCAUAGCGCAACCACAGUAUAGAAUCACUAUCAACUUCACCCACUUCGAUUUGGAAGGCAAUCUCAACACUCAGCAACAACAGUGCGAAUACGACAAGGUGGAAAUUUAUAGUAAACUGAAGGAAGGGAGACUGAAGAAGCAUGGAUCCUACUGUGGGCCAAAAGCUCCGGGACUGAUCACUUCCGAAGGAAAUGUGAUGAGAGUCGUGUUUUACUCCGAUAGUAGCGUACAGAAAACUGGAUUUGCUGCUGUAUUUUUUUCAGACAUGGAUGAAUGUGCCAUAAAUCAUGGUGGUUGCCAGCACGACUGCAUGAACACCCUGGGCUCUUACGUUUGUACCUGCCACAACGGUUACACUCUCCAUGAAAACGGACGAGACUGCAAAGAAGGAGGAUGCAAAUACGAAAUUUCCACCCCAUACGGUACAAUCGGUAGUCCAAACUACCCCGACUACUACCCGGCGAGAAAAGACUGCGUUUGGCACUUCAUGACGACUCCUGGACACAGAAUACGAGUUUCCUUCCAGUUCUUCGAACUGGAACCGCACCAGGAAUGUUCAUACGAUCACGUAGACUUUUACGACGGGUCUUCACCAGAAUCUCCUUCCCUAGGAAGGUUUUGCGGAUCGAAACUUCCGCACCUUAUAAUAGCUUCGGGUAAUCAGCUGUAUAUGACAUUCAGAUCCGAUGCUUCCGUUCAGAGAAACGGAUUCUGGGCGACCCAUUCGACUGUGUGUGGUGGUAUGCUUGAAGCUUCGUUCCAGAAGCAACAUGUUUACUCUCACGCUAAGUUUGGGAGCGCUAGUUACGAUAACAGAGCCGAUUGCGAGUGGACUAUAGAAGCAUCUGAAGGAUAUAACGUGAAGUUGUCCUUCCUAACCUUCGACAUCGAGGAUGAGAAGGAUUGUGGAUACGAUUACAUAGAAAUAUUCGACGGAUUAGACUCAAGUGGUCCUGCUUAUCCGAAAAACUGCGGGUCGAAGAAACCUGCAGAUGUUUACUCAACCCAUGGGGCAUUACUUGUAAGAUUCAGAAGCGAUGAUACCAUUGUAAACAAGGGAUUCAGCCUCGUUUACGAAAUGGUGGAGAUGUCUCUGAGUGAAGAAGAAGUGUGAAGAUUUCCAGAAGAUUUUUCGGGGACUUCGAUUGCGCCAAUUAUUUCCGUCGUCAUUUUUCAUAGAUAGAGUCAUGUAAAUUAUUGUCCCAUCUGUAAAGUUGCCAUUUCAUCAUUCUGUCAGUAUAAGAUGUAACUUGAGAGUAGCAAUAGAUAAAAGCAUAAACAGACAGGUUAUAUUCAGAACACAUAACGGACAAGUAACCAUUAGAGUAUCAUCAACGAAUCUUCUUAUUAAAAAUAAAAUAAUUGCA